GCUCGUAGGGAUAGGAUGUGCGUGCGUGCGUUCAUGAGGACGAGUGUAUGCUCAUAGGGGCGUCCUUCCUCGGCAUCCUCGUCGCCGGGGCCGGGCAUGCGGCGCAGGAGGCCGCCGCGGGGCUCUCGCCGGCGGAGUUCCGCCUGGCCCUCCCGCGCAGCCGGGAGUUCCUCGAUAUCGACCUGCCCCGCUUCCACCGCGCCACCUCCAUCGAGCUGCGCGGCCAUUGCCUCCGCCUCACGCUGCCGCCACGCCCCGCCGGGUUCCCCGCGCUCCAGAGGCUGUCCCUCUCCGGCUGCCGCGUCGACCUCGCCGACCUGACCCCCCUCUGCCCGCGCCUGCGCGUGCUCGCCGUCAACAUCACAGUCAAAUCGGGGUCGUUGGAGGAACUGGCUGCGGCGAACCUGAGCAGAUGGACCGGCCGCAUCGACGUCGACGCUCCCAUGCUCAAGAAACUGGCGCUGUCGUUCUCCAUCGACGGCGAGCUCGGCGUGUCCAUCGUGGCACCGAUUGUGGACAAGGUCUCCUGGGAGUGCAGCUAUUCCAGGCUCACCGUCGGGCUCGAUCCUUGGAGCCUCUCAAGCGUGAGCUUACAUGCCGCCGCUGAGGUGCCCGGGGAAGACGACGGCGCACGCUUGCAGCAGCACUCCAACGUGCUGUCCCUGCACAUAACUCACCUUCGAGCAGGAGAUUGGGAAACAUCUGGUUACCUCCGGAUUCUCUGCUCUGGAGCCACUUUUCACGACAAUGGAGUGUGAUUGUGAUAUAAGAUCGGUGGGGCAUGUUUUCGGGUCAUUUGCGUUGCGCCUGCUCGGGAUGCACCGGAUUCGUACCGCUACACAAAAGCUCAAGAUCAUCUUCCAGAGACCAGAUGUGAAAGCGGAAUGCCCGGUAAAUUGUCCUUGUGACGAGCCCAAGAGCUGGAGAAGCAAAGACAUCUCCUUGAUCAAUCUUGAACAAGUGGAAAUCGAAGGCUUGGAAGGGGAGGACCAUGAGUUCGAUUUCCUCAAAGUGGUAUUCAGAUGCGCACCAAUGCUUAAAAGGAUGGCUGUGCGGAUGUCUGAUGCGGUCAGGAUAAGUAACGGCCAGUGUUCGAAAAUAUACGACAUCUUCCGGGCAUAUCCUUAUGUGGAAUGCAAUGUUGAUCCUACUUAUGGGUCAAUGCAGAACAGCUAAAGUUCUGUGUUCUCAUGAUUCACAUUGUUAAGGGUCUGCAGUGUUCCUGAACAAUUUAUAUGGUUGGCUUGUUCUACGGCUGCCUGCUGAGUUGUGAAAUCAAUGGAAUUUCGCUCCUGCGUCGUUGCAACUUUUGACCGGUUUAUCUCAACCGGAUGUAAUCAGAAAUGCUGAUGCAACUUUUUAUUAGCUUCUUACUGUUUUUCUGUCUACAA